AUGCUGCAGCCUGGGCGAACAGAUGUCAACCUAACACUCACGAUUGAGGAUUCCAAGGGAUUGCAACGCAACAUUGUCGGCACGACCUCGGUCGUCGGGCUGCCGUGCGUCUCCUGCCAGACGUCCGAGGUCGUGCUCGCCGCGGCGCCCGAGGGGCGCUGCGCCGCAGACGCGUCGGCGGCCAACGCGGCGCGGCUGCUGCGCAAGUCCCCGCCCCCGGGGGUCGAGAUCGCUUUCGCCCGCAACAUGUCUCUGGCGGUCGGCGCGCGUGCGGUCUCUGUGGUUGCGACCACCCCCAUUUCGCGCGUCAGCGCCGGCUGCACCGCCCCCACGGUUAGGGUAGAGGGCGAGGCCCCUCGGGCCGCGCGCAUGCUGAAGCCGGCCGGCGUGUGCGCGAUGCCGGGGCCUGGGCGCUGGGCUUGUUGGAGCGUGGCGGACCUGGCGGCCCCCCCGCGCGACUGCAGGUCGGAGCGGCCGCCGGCGUACGCGAUUUCGUGCAGCCACCACGGCGCGACGCUCCCAAAGGCGGCCUGCGUCGCGCUGCGCGACGGCCGCGUGUGCGUGCGGGCGCCCGCGGCGGACGGCGUCGGCAGCAGCGUGGCGGGCAGGUUCCGGAUCGAUUUCCAGGACGGCUCUGGCAACUCGGUCGCGCCCAUGUACGUGCCGGUCCUUGUGCACGCUCGACCCAAGGCGGGCGGGAACGCCUGCCUGCCUGCCACUCUGGCUGACCUCCCCUCAUUGGUGGGGCGCCGGUAG